AUGGCUGCGCAGAUGGCCCAACGCGCCUUGAAGAAAGCUGCUCCAGGUCAAGAAGCAUACACCAAGCAAUUGCAAAUACCCACAGUCACAGAGGAUGAUCUCCUUGCAUUUCAAGUUUUUCAUUUUGGCGACGACACUAAACCAGAGAACUGGUUUGUUGAUGCGGAGACCGCACUGAGCUUUCCGUCGGAGCUUCAGUGUGAGGAUGACAACCUCGGCUGGUAUGAAGACGGGACCAAACGUACUCUCACCGAUGCGCAGAUCGCGAUGUUUAGACAUAGCGAGCUUCAGCAAAUGCUACGCGAGCGAGAGAUUCGGCGUGACGAGGACUCUCAGCAAGACGGAGGCGGUUCGGAUGACGGCGGCUCUCCGACCUCUGAGGUGUCAAGCAUAGAGGGCGAUCUUCUUGGCUUGACUUGUCGACCGCUGGCGCCGAAGACAAACCUAUCAACGAAGCCUCCAGAGCAACGAUCAGUCAAGAAACAGCUGUCACACAGCAGCAGAAGCGAGGAGUCACGAUCAAACAGUCGUUCGCAAACCCGACUAAGACAAGAGGUGCCGUACGAUGAGCGACACAAGCGCAAUUGGGAGAACUUCAUUGAUGCGCACGAUCCGAUCCAUGGCUCGAUGACUCACCGCCGACUGGUACGGGAGCUGGACGAGCAGCAUGAGAAAUUGGUCGACAUGGACUACGGCUAA